AUGAAUUCUCUGGAAAGGUACUGGGCUCCCUUUACAGCCAGGAAAAUUACCAGAAGAAAAAUCCUGGCUCUGCUACCUUCACGUACAGAAGGUACAGCACUUAACAGACAGAUUUCGGUUGGAGUUAGACCGGAUUUCUCUUCACAGCCCUUAAUCUCACGAGGUGAGAAAGAGGGGAAGUUGCCAAGCCGUUGGCUCCCAGACCCAUCAGUCUGUUUAACUCUGGCUAAAAGCAGAGAACGAUGGGCAAGUUACCAAGUUUCUCCCCUUCAGGCUCUGGCACGAAGAUGCUCAUGUAGCACACAACUGCAGCACGCAGUGGCACACGGGGAACACUGCGACUGUUCCCGGUCCCCACAAAGACGGGACCAAAGGUUAGACAGCUUGUUUGGCUCAGUGGACAGACAGAGCAUUGGCCUGCAGACUGAAAGGUCCCAGGUUCGAUUCCCACUCAGGACACAUAUGUAA